ACACUAUAGAAACAUUGUACAUAUUAGUUUGUAGUUUUUACCUUCCCAUGUGAACACAUGCUAACAUGCUAACACAUGCUAACAUGCUAACACAUGCUAACCUGCCCAAGUUAAUGACUAAUGAUUUAUCGAGCAGUUUAACCCUUUGUGUAGACAGGCUGAAUACCUCUUUUCAUCAGAGAUCUGGUCGGUGGUGAACAAUGAAAUAAAAACUUUCUUGAGUUAGGUAGGUGUACUUUAAAGUCUCACUGUUAAUAACUUAAUAAAUAAAAUGACCAUAAUUUUAUUGUGAAACGCAAAAACAAGCCUAACUCAUGCACAGAUUAGUACAAAUCAGAUUUUCCUUGGGAGGAGUAAAUCAGCUUUGGUCAGAAAUAUAUAAUGUUUAAUACGUUCAAAGAUACUGAAAUCUGUAGAAAACGCAAUAAGAUUGAUGUUGAUCAAAUUCAAGUAAUGAAAAUAUAUAUUUAUAUGUAUAACUGGCUAAAUGAUGCAUGUUUCUAACGGACAAAAUUUACUUUUUCUUCAAAAAUGUUUGCCUUUGUUCGUUUUGUGUCCAGUUCAGAUUAAAACCAGAAAGACUGCAAGUAAAGCAGAAACUGAGUGGAUGACUGUCGCCCUCUGCUGGUUGGAGACAGAACUGUUCGGGAAUCUGGUUUUAUCUCGAAGAAGAAGAACAAUCCUCUUUAAAGAGGGAAAAUGAGACUUUAAGGAAUUUAAAUAGAAACUUCUUUGGUGACUUUUUUCUUCUUCUCUGUUUUCUUGAUUCAUUUGACUAAGAAAAGUGCAGUUUUCUUUUUAACUGCUUUGUUAAAUCAUCUUCAGUCCAUUGUCCUUAAACCAUUUGAUCUUUCCAGAGUUUUUUAGUUUCUAAUUUCCGGGCUGCCUUUUUUUCUUUCUUGAUAAUUUUCUGUUUAGGCAUUAAAACUUAAUUUCUUGUAAUUUUACAUCUCUGUUCUGUGAAUAUUGGGACUUUAUUCUUGUAUUAUUUUGACUGCAUUCUCAAAAUAUCUUCUUAUUUUGGCUCAAAUACUCCGUUGUAUAAAUAUAUACAAUAUUUAUACAUUUAAAUUUCCAUGUCCCCUUUUACUCCUCCCGGGUUGCGCCCCUGUCGGUGGGGAUCAACGUCAUCCCGUCGUUUUUUCUAGUCACCCUAGUAACAACAAACGCUACUGCUGGACCUCAUCAACCAAUCAUAUUACACGUAGCGUCUGACGUCACUUGCCGUCAGCGCGUAGGGUUGGGUUAGUCCACCAUCUUGGCUCAGGCUAGCUGACUCCUAGCUGAGAGUAUGAGGAGAAUCCGACAGAACCAAAUUCCAGCCGAACCGACCGAACCAGGACUGCCUCACCAAGCGGACCGGAGCUAGAGGCCGGCGGCUCGAGCCGGACCUCCUCUCUCCCCGAAAUAAAGUCCCAGCACCGGGAAGUGUCGGGCUGCUAACUCCCCGGCUAACUUCGGCGUUAAAGAGGAACUGUUGCUCCGGUUCCGUUUGGAUCCAUGACAGUUAUAAACUUCCGGAAAAGGAUCCGAGCCGAGCCGGGACAGGUAACCCAGGGCAGGGACAGGUGAUGCCGCGAGGGAGUUCGUUGAGAUAGAACCGAGCCGAAGCCGGAGCAGCGCGUCACUUUCCGACCCGCUAAGUUUGAGACAGGUGUUCCGGAGCGGAGCGGAGCGGCGGCGGCUUCAUGACCGGACCUCCGUUACGCUGACCUGGGUAUCAUGUCCACCAGGACCCCCCUGCCCACCGUCAACGAGCGGGACACCGAGCAGCAUGCACCUGGGGAAGACGGGCGCGGUGAGGCGCUGCCCCGCCCCGUCCGCUCCGCCCGCUGUAAGAACGCCGCCGCCGCCGUCACCGCGGACGACGCGCCGCACGUGGGCAACUACCGGCUGCUGAAGACCAUCGGGAAGGGGAACUUCGCCAAAGUGAAGCUGGCCCGGCACAUCCCGACGGGCCGGGAGGUGGCCAUCAAGAUCAUCGACAAGACCCAGCUGAACCCAACCAGCCUGCAGAAGCUGCUCAGAGAGGUUCGCAUCAUGAAGAUCCUGAACCACCCCAACAUCGUGAAGCUGUUUGAGGUGAUAGAGACGGAGAAGACGCUCUACCUGGUGAUGGAGUACGCCAGCGGAGGUCUUCUGGGCGUGAUCCUCUACACGCUGGUCAGCGGGUCGCUGCCGUUUGACGGACAGAACCUGAAGGUGGGUCUCCGUCCGGUCCGGAACCGCCUCCAGGUGUUUCUGGACCCCGGACCCGUUUGGACCAUGUGUUUGGUUCUGCAGGAGCUGAGAGAGCGAGUUCUGCGGGGGAAGUACCGGAUCCCCUUCUACAUGUCGACGGACUGCGAGAACCUGCUGAAGCGCUUCCUGGUUCUGAACCCGGGCAAGAGAGGAACGCUGGAGCAAAUCAUGAAGGAUCGCUGGAUCAACGGCGGCGACGAAGACGAGCUGCUGCCGUACGUGGAGCCGGAGCUGGACAUCAGGGACCAGAGCCGGAUCGACCUCGUGGUCCAGAUGGGUUACUCCAGAGAGAAGAUCAACGAUUCGCUCUCCAAGAUGAAGUACGAUGACAUCACAGCCACCUACCUGCUGCUGGGACGCAAGGCCGCAGAGAUGGAUGUGGGCGGAGCCUCCUCCUCCCUGCUGAAGCCUCAUUCGUCCAGCAGCCAUUCCCCCGCCCACCUGCUGAGUCAGCGCUCCUCCUCCAAACAGAGGAGGUUCAGCGACCAAGCUGCUGCCAGGAAGGCGGAGGCGGAGCCAAAGCUGGACGCCAACAGGAAGCCGGGUCCCGGAGAGGCGGGCAGCCCGUUGCUAGGCAACGCCAACAACCCCAACGUAGGCGACAUCCCAGAUCGCCGGAAAGCGACAGCAGCGACCGCCGCGUCCAGCAUGACGAGGAGGAACACGUACGUCUGCAGCGCCACCGACAAGUCGUCCGCCUCCGCCGUCCACAACGGCAAGGAGAACAGCUCCUCCGGCUCGCCUGCCAAGCGCUCGGUGGGCGGGGCCUCCACCCACAGCGUGAGCAGCGGGGCCACGCCCCCCGACCGGCUGCGUUUCCCCCGCGGCACGGCGAGCCGCAGCACCUUCCACGGCGGCCAGCUGAGGGAGCGCCGCACCGCCACCUACAACGGCCCGCCCGCCUCGCCCAGCCUGUCGCACGACGCCACGCCGCUGGCCCAGGCCCGCAGCCGCGCCUCGUCCAACCUGUUCUCCAAACUCACCUCCAAGCUCACCAGGAGGACGUUAACGUCUUCUUCUUCUCYUCCUCCCUCCAGCCGCGCCGUCACGUCCGACCAGAGGGAGGAGCCGCCGUCCCCCGCCGCGCCGCACUCCAAGGACGCCAAGCCGCGCUCGCUGAGGUUCACCUGGAGCAUGAAGACCACGUCGUCCAUGGAGCCGGCGGACAUGAUGCGCGAGAUCAGGAAGGUCCUGGACGCCAACAACUGCGACUACGAGCAGCGCGAGGCCUUCCUGCUGCUCUGCGUCCACGGCGACGGGCACGCCGACAGCCUCGUCCAAUGGGAGAUGGAGGUCUGCAAGCUGCCCCGCCUCUCGCUCAACGGCGUCCGCUUCAAACGCAUUUCAGGAACGUCCAUCGCUUUCAAGAACAUCGCCUCCAAAAUCGCCAACGAGCUCAAACUAUAGAGGGACUGGGAGGAACAGGAAGUGGUUCAGGUGGACAGACGGGGACAGGAAGUGACGAACAGAAGGAAGUGACCCGACUGCCGUCUUCCUGUCUCUCCCAGC